CAAGACAACACCCUCGCCUCUGACUUCACACUUCACACACACACACAUCAGCACACACUCUCUGCGGUAGGAUUAUCACGAUAAGCUGUCAGUGCACGGGUCCGGGCCAUGUUGCUCAUAAUCCACCUUUUAACCACUUUGGCCCUGUGGGCUCCUGUCAGGGCACAGCAGGUUCCGCAGUUCCCAGAUAUUUGCACCAAGGGCAGCUGCUACCCAGCCACAGGUGACCUGCUGAUCGGCAGGGCGCACAAACUCACCGCCUCCUCCACCUGCGGACUGAAUGAUGCCGAGAGCUUUUGCAUCGUGGGACACCUGGAGGAGACAAAAUGUUUUGUGUGCGACUCCAGGGAGAUGUACGACGAGGAGAGCAACGACAUCAGCCACACCAUCGAGAACGUGGUCACCACCUUCGCCCCAAACCGCCUCAAGACCUGGUGGCAGUCGGAGAACGGUGUGGAGAACGUGAUCAUCCAGCUUGACCUGGAGGCGGAGUUUCAUUUCACACACCUUAUCAUGACCUUCAAGACGUUUCGGCCGGCUGCCAUGAUGAUCGAGCGCUCCAUGGACAACGGAAAAUCGUGGCAGGUUUAUCGUUACUUUGCCUACGACUGCAAUUCGACCUUCCCUGGCAUUUCAACCGGGCCCAUGGUCAGAGUGGACGACAUCAUCUGCGACUCCCGCUACUCUGAUAUCGAACCAUCCACUGAGGGAGAGGUGAUUUUUCGAGUGCUGGACCCCGCGUUUGACAUUGACGACCCCUACAGCACAAGGAUACAGAGCAAGACAGGCAGCAUUAACCUAACACAGCGGGGGAAACUGGAGCUCUUGGAGCAAAUUCAUGCAGGAGAAGAGUCAAACUCCAAAAGAAGGGUGAAGGAUAAGUACUACUACGCCCUCUAUGACAUGGUCGUCCGGGGAAAUUGCUUCUGCUAUGGGCACGCCUCCGAGUGUGCCCCAAUUGAUGGAGCGCCGACAAGUGCAGAGGGCAUGGUCCAUGGCCGGUGCAUGUGCAAUCACAACACUGAGGGACUGAACUGCGAGCGCUGCCAAGACUUUUAUCACGAUUUGCCUUGGAGGCCUGCUGAGGGACGAAACACCCACGCCUGCAAGAAGUGUGAGUGUAACCAGCACUCCACGUCGUGCCACUUUGACCUGGCCGUGUACGUGGCGUCCGGCAACGUGAGCGGAGGCGUGUGUGACGACUGUCAGCACAACACGCUGGGCCGACAGUGCGAGCAGUGCGCGCCGUUCUUCUACCAGCACCCCAGCAGAAACCUGAGGGACCCAAACAUCUGUGAACCCUGUAACUGCGAGCCUUCCGGUUCUCUGGAGGGUGGCCUGUGUGACCCGAGGACAGAUGUGAUUGCCGGGCUGAUCUCAGGUCAGUGUCGGUGCAAAGCCAAUGUGGAAGGAGAGCGCUGCGACCACUGCAGACAAGGACACUACGGGCUGGGACAAGGGCCACAUGGCUGCCUGCCUUGCACCUGUAAUCCGCUGGGAAUGCUGCCAGGAGGAAAGCCGUGUGAUUCAGACACAGGACGCUGCUUCUGCAAACGACUCGUCGAAGGACACAACUGUGAUCAGUGUCGGCCACAGCAUUGGGGUCUGUCCAAUGACAUGGAUGGCUGCAGACCAUGUGACUGUGACCAGGGCGGGGCUGUCAACAAUGACUGCGAUCCUCACACGGGACAGUGUGUGUGCAGGGAGCACAUGUUCGGGCGCCGCUGCGAUCAGGUCGAGUCCGGCUACUACUUCAUGGCUCUGGAUCACUACAUAUACGAAGCAGAGGACGCCAAGCGCGGCCCUGGCGUGACGCUGGUACCUCGGCCCUAUCCUGAAGGUCGGAGUCCUACGUGGACUGGUAUGGGCUUCGUUAAUGUGCCAGAAGGAACCUAUCUAGAGUUCAGCAUCGACAAUAUUCCCGAGUCCAUGGACUAUGACAUCCUUAUACGCUAUGAGCCACAGCUACCGGAGCAAUGGGAGGAGGUGAACAUCCAAGUGCAGCGCCCCGUCUUCAACCCUCCAAACUACUCCAGUCACUGCAGUAACUCUUUCCAGAGCGGAGACCAGCAGUCGAUCUCUCUUCCACCUGGAUCCAGACAUGUGUUGCUGGUGAGGCCGGUGUGUUUUGAGAAAGGGCUGAACUACACGAUCCAACUCAAUCUGCCUCUCUAUUCGUCAGUCAGCACCGUCCAGAACCCGUACACACUCAUCGAUUCGGUGGUGCUGAUGCCCCGUGUCAGAGAGCUAGAAAUGUUCCACGGAGACGUGGGAGAGCAAGCAUGGGAUACGUUCCAGCGCUAUCGAUGUCUGGAGAACAGCCAGAGCAUCAUAAAGAGCCCCAUGACCGACAUCUGUAAACAGUACAUCUUCAGUGCCUCUGCCUUGCUGCACAAAGGAGCCAUGGCUUGCCAGUGUGACCCUCAGGGUUCACUCAGCUCCCUGUGUGACCCCAGUGGCGGUCAGUGCCAGUGCCGACACAACAUCGCAGGCAGAAACUGCGACCGUUGCGCCCCGGCUACCUUCCUGUUCGGCCCCGCCGGCUGCAGACCUUGUAACUGUGACCCCCUGGGCUCUGUCAGCCCCUUGUGCCACGAGGCCACCGGCCACUGCGAGUGUGUUCCAGGGGCCACGGGUCGCCAGUGUUCACACUGCCUGCCGGGCUUCUGGGGCUUCCCUCAUUGCCGACCGUGCCAGUGUAACGGCCACAGCGAGUACUGCCACCCUCAGACUGGAGAGUGUCAGGGCUGCAGAGACUUCACCACCGGACACCACUGCGAGAGGUGUUUGAGCGGUUACCAUGGUGACCCAGAGCUGGGUUCAGGCGGAUACUGUCGCCCUUGUAUGUGUCCUGAUGGGCCACGCAGCAGACGCCAGUUUGCAGACAGCUGUUACCUUCUGCCUAAUACCAAUCAGCUGGUGUGUGUGUGCGGCCGCGGAUACAAAGGUGUCAGGUGCGACGAGUGUGCCCCGGGUUACUUUGGGAAUCCUCUGGUGCCCGGUGGGCGCUGCAUGCCCUGCCAGUGCAACAACAACAUCGACAUGCACGACCUGGACUCCUGCGAUGCUCGCACCGGCGCCUGUCUCAAAUGCCUGUACCACACCCAGGGCGACGGGUGCCAGCACUGCAAACUGGGUUACUAUGGCAAUGCUACCACACAGAGCUGCAGGAAGUGCACGUGUUAUUCAGUAGGGACGAUUCCUUAUGCCUGUUCGUCCCCCGAUGACUGUCAGUGCGACCAGCGCAGUGGCCAGUGUCCCUGCCAGCCCAACGUGGUCGGUCAGCACUGCGACCGCUGCGCUCCAGAUACGUGGAACCUCACCAGCGGGACGGGCUGCCAGCGCUGCGACUGCGAUCCUGUCCACUCGUUCACAUCCUCCUGCAAUGAGGUUACAGGACAAUGCAUGUGCAAGCCCGGUUUUGGUGGCCGGAUGUGCCGGGAGUGCAAAGAGCUCUUCUGGGGGAAUCCAGAGGUCAAAUGUUAUGCUUGUGACUGCGACCACCGGGGGAUCUCCAGUGAGCAGUGUCAUCGUGCCACAGGGCAGUGUACCUGUGUGGAGGGCGUGGCGGGCCCCCGGUGCAACGAGUGUGCUAGGGGUUACCACGGUGAGUUCCCUGACUGCAAACCCUGCCACAAGUGCUUUGCGGCUUGGGACACCGUGGUCGAGGAGCUGACCAACCAAACUCGCCGACUGGAGGCCAAAGUGAACGAGCUGCAGACUGUCGGAGUGACGGCGCCGUACAAAGAGUUGAUUAGAAGUCUCGAGAGAAACUCCAAGGCUGUCAGAGACAUCUUGGAGAGCAACCCCGCCACGGUGAAGCUGGAGCAGAUACAGGAGCUGAUGCAUCAGAUAACUGGUGUGAUGUCCUAUCUCAAUGGAAAGCUCAACACAACCGAGGAAGCCUUGGAACUUCUUCAGAGUGAUGCAAAUGCCACCGAUGCAGACUUAGACGUGCUGACUGUUGAGGCAAACCAGUUGGAGAUGAGCGUCCAGAGGCUGAGACAGCAGGUGGACGACGCCAAGAACGCCAACAUACACGGUGCCCUGGAGACUAUUACUGCUGCGCACAUGCAGUCUAGGAUGGCAGAGCAGCGCACCAAUGCUUCUACGAGCGACCCUGGCAACACAGUCAAGCAGUCAGUUGCAGUACGGAAAGCUACGGAGGACAAAAUGAGCAGCACGAAGAAGGAAUUUGACCGAAAACAACAGAGAAACAUGCAGAAGCUGGACAAGCUGUCCAAAGAGCUCGAUAAGUUUAGCCUGUCUUCACUAAGUGAAAAGAUUUGUGGUGGAGCCUCUGAAGGCGAUGAUGGCUGCUCCACCUGUGGCGGGUUGGGCUGCACCAACGAGGAUGGAGCGCCUCGCUGUGGAGGAGAAGAGUGUGGAGGCGCUGUCACAACCGCUCAGACGUCUCUCAAUUCAGCCAAUGACCUGGAACAGGCGAUCCUAGAAGCUAUGCAGGAGGUAGACAAGCUCUCCAGGAUGGUGUGGGAAGCGAACAUCCGAGCAAACGAAGCCAAAGCGAACGCUCUGGAGGUGCUGAUCAAAUCCAACCAGAGCAAAGAGAGAGUGGAGCAGAGCAACGAGCAGCUCCGCAACCUCAUCAGGGAGAUUCGAGAUCUUCUCAUGAAUGAGAAAGCAGACGCGUCCGUUAUCGAGGCCUUGGCAAACGAGGUUUUGGCUCUGGAGAUGCCGACGUCGGCCGAGAAGCUUCAGGAGCUGACGGACGAGAUCAGGGAGAAGGUCACCACUCUGACCAGCGUGGAGACGAUCCUCAGUCAGAGCGCGGAGGACGUCAUGGCGGCCGAGUCGCUGCUGAAGGAGGCUAAGGCUGCAAGCGAGAAAGCGUCUAACAUGAAGGACACCGCAGAAGUAGUUAAGGCUGCCCUGGACGAGACCGACCGCGCUCAGAGCAUCGCCAUGGACGCCAUUGAGUUGGCCCAGAACAACACCAAGGGCACCAUGGACCUGCUGAACGCUGUGGAGUCGGAGACGGCCAAGUCGGAGCUGAAGCUCAGUAACACCACGGGCCGCCUGCUGCAGCUGGAGAGGGAGGUCGGCCUGCUGAGGCAGAACAACCUGGAGAUGGAGGAGAUAAUGGUGUCGACUGAGCAGACGACGCAGCAGGCCAAACAGGACGCCGACGAAGCAGAGCAGGAGUUCAAUGAGAGGCUGAAGGAUAAAUUCGCUGAGGUGGAGAACCAGGUGGAGGUUAAAGGGGAGUCGGUGCAGCAGGCGAAGAGGAGGGCAGACGAACUGCAGCAGGAGGCCAUAGAGCUGCUCAAUCAGAGCAGCAGAAAGCUGGAGAGACUCAAAGAGUUAGAGGUCUCCUACGUGGACAACCAGCGCAUCCUGGAGGCCAAAGCUAAAGAGCUGGCCGAGCUGGAGCAAGCCGCCCGCAACAUGCUGGAGGAGAUGAGCCGCAAAGUAGCGCUGUACAGCACCUGUUUGUGAUGAAACCAUCACCGCCUUUAACUUUAUUGACAGUGCCAAAGUGUCUGACGUACUGCUCCUACAUGCCUUUUACGGCUGUUAAAUAAAAACACUAAUAUAUUUGACGUUGCCAAAAAAUGUUUCAACGACAGAAAAAAAGCUUUAAAGCUGCCAAAGACCGUUAGAGUAUUAAAGUAAGGAGUCCAGAAGGAAAGAAGCCAUCAUGACCUCGAAGCCAAUAUACCUGCAUACGUUACUACAAUCUGUGUUUAAUUGUAACUAAAUAUCUAUAUUGAAAGGAUUAACAUUUCACAUGUACUUAAUAAUCCAAAGAUAUCACUUGGACAUGGUGCCUUAACAACCAGCCAAUAAUAAACCCGACUACAAGAAAAACA